CUCAGAAAACAAUAAUAAUAAUUAAAAUGGCUACAAGUAAAGGUGUAGAAAAGACACUUCAAAAACUAAGAGAAUCAGUUCAUGCUGGCAAUUAUUAUGAAGCACAACAAAUGUACAGAACUGUUGCUAGAAGAUAUAACAAACAAGCUAAAUAUGUAGAUACAAUUCGUUUACUUCAUGAUGGUGCUAUUUUAUUAUUCCAACAUAAACAAAACGGUUCUGGUUCAGAUUUAGCUAAUUAUAUGCUUGAUACAUAUAGAUUAGCCCAUUUGCCUGUUGAUGAAGCUUCUUUGGAUCGAAUUGUUGAGAUUUUGAACCUUUUUCCAGUCAAUGAAGUUGGUCGUAAGACAUUCAUUAGUAAUGCUUUCAGAUGGACAAAGGAAGAAGGUAGUUAUCCAGAAGGUGAUCCUGAAUUACAUGACUUUGUUGGCACUAUGUUUUAUAAUGAGAAAAAAUAUAGUUUAGCAGAGGAUCAUUUACUUUUAGGCACUGAUCAUAGCGCUGAAGUCAUUGGUAAAGUUGCUUAUGCAUGGGCUACAGAAGAAAAAAUUGUACUUAAAGGAAUAUAUCUUGCUCGUAUUGUCUUCCAACUUUUGGCUCAAAAAAACAUUCGUCAUGCUAAUUUAGCUUAUACAAGCUUUAUUGAAGCUGAUAAUCAUGGUGUUGCAGACAAAUCUGAAGUUCGUCGUGCACCUGCAGAUGCACCCACACCUUACAUCAUCUAUAAUGAUUCUUGGAUUAAUCUUACACAAUUAGUCUUAUUGACAGUUCAAAGGGAUGGAAAAGACUUGUUUAUGGAACUUAAAUCAAAAUAUGCAGGUCUUUAUGAAAGUGAUAAUAACUUUGUUGAGCUUAUUCAAGAUAUUGGACUUGUAUUUUUCAAUAUUCCCAAACCUAGAAAACAAGGCAAUAUGCUUCAAGAGAUGAUGGCUAAUUUAUUUGGAGGCAAUAAUGGUCCUGUUCCUACAAACGCCUUACUAGGUGGUGGAGCAAAACCUAACGAAGAUCUUGAUUAAUAAGUAGUAAUAAAAAAUGUAUAUUUGUAUGGAUAAUGAGAAAUAGAUGUCAGUGUAAAAAUGAUUGUAAAAUGACUGAAACACCGUCAAUCAUUAAGCCAUCUUUUCUUUCUUAAAAAAAAAAAAAAAAAAAAAUAAUAACAAUAGCAGAUUAUAUUACAUAUUUAAAUAUUUGUUCUUU